CCGUAGUCACGGAAUCAGCCUCACCGGAGGCGGCGCUCGGCGAACAUGUACUGCAAAAAUCUAAGUCGCCUGCUACGGCUUCGACAGUCUCUCUCUGCCAUAUCGAAGGAACGCUUGUGUACUUUAACGGCUGGCUCAAUAAUGGCGACAGAGUCUCUUUAUGGUCGUAAGCUUCCAGAAAAUCUCAUCGACUACCGCUCAAAUGAAUCAAAAGCUCGGCUGGUUCGCUGUAUAACUAAUGGCACUGCUGUUCCAUUUUUAUCUCUUUCGUCUUGCUUUAAUACUCAAACAGAACCAGCCUAUUGUGGUCCUUCAACUUUGGCUAUCAUCUUGAAUGCACUGCGGAUUGACCCUCGACGUUUGUGGAAAACUCCUUGGAGAUGGUUCACAGAAGAAUUACUGAAUUGUUAUCGUCCACUAGGAUUAUUAAAGAAAUAUGGUAUCACUCUAGAUGAGUUUCAAUGUUUAGCUACAUGUAACGGAGCAGUUURUAAGAUACUUAGGCCGAAAGAUGACGAGAAAGAUUUCCAAGAGUUCAAAAGAGCUGUUUACUGUGUYUGUACCGAAGGAAGAGCUAWUGAGACCAUGAAUGAUGGUGAUCAGGACUAUGAGGUAGAUCACGAAAAUCCCAGCACAUUUAUUGGCAUAUCGUAUGAUCGCCAAACCUUAAAGCAGACUGGCUCGGGGCAUUUUAGUCCCAUAGCAGCAUAUGACGAGGAAACGGACUCAAUAUUGAUUCUUGACACUGCUAGGUUUAAAUAUCCUCCAUACUGGGUCCCUCUGGAGCUAGCAUUUCGCUCUAUGCUUCCUAUAGAUGMCGAGACUGGUAAAAGUCGGGGUUAUUUCUUGGUCAAGGCGAAGAAUCAGUUCCAGGGUCGUCGUGUGUGGUGCUGUGUUUGGAAAGAGUUUCUUGAUGAUACGAAGAUGCAAAAUGAACUGUCCAUGCCUCAUCCUGUUUAUAAUGCCAGUGAUAGUUGUCGUAAAUCAUGCGAAGAAGCAAAAUGUUUGCUUAACGAAAAUAGUGUUUCAGAUUCCAAAUAAGCUCAAGUACAACUGUUAGGUACGAUGGAGUCAUAGGCAGGAUUUUCAGGGUCGGAGAUGCAGCGUCGGAGAUCGGAAAAUUGUCCGGUAACUGAGCAUUAAACUACCAGGAUAGAGUACAAACACUAAAAGUGUGCAACACUUUGCACUACUUAGUAGUAAAUAGUGCUAAUUAAAACAUAGAAAACAAUAGGAUUAGCAUAAUUUAGCAGUAUUUAGUGGUAUUUAUGUUGCACACUUAUACGGGCAUUUUACCAUAGUCAAGUUCCGUAGAGUGGGGAAUUUGACGCUGAAUAUAUGUCAGAAUGGGCGGGCAUUUGACUUUUGACUAAAUAUAGCGGUCCUUAUCUAAUUUGCAUAAAUUAGCGUAUUGCAAAACAUUUWACGCUUGUGGAUCGUGCCUAUUGGACCCUGGUUUGCCUGUGAAUUAAAAAAAAAAAAAAAUCCAAAUACUUUUGUUUAAAAUCUGGGAUGGCACAAGAGAAGUUAGAAAAGCUUUUUUGGUGGAUCCCUUUACGCACUCUUUUCAAAAGAAAGGUUGAGCUUCGAAUUGAUUACGAUCUCAUUGAAAUCGAAUCGCCACGGUAGAAUAUUUGGUUUCAACAUACAAUCUUAUACUUGUCGCUUCUAGUAUGAUAAACAGGGAAAGAAAAAGAAGCAAAACAUUUCAAUGUGGAUGACAGUACAGUACGAGUAAACGAAGAUAAGUUCAGAAGAUAUAAUUCAGUCAAGUUUUAAUUUACGUGGUGUAAAAACAUGGCGUGGUGUGAAAUAUGAUUAAAUGAACAAUGAACAUAGUUCUUGGGCCGAGCCACCUCACGUUUUGAAAGAAUAGGAGAAGAUCGAUAGAAUACAAACACUAUGAGGCAUGUUCCAACAUUUGCUUAGCUCAUUUUUCAAAUGCCCCACCAAUCCCCACC